AGGCGGGCGUGCGUCUGAUACGAACCAUGUACAGCUCAGCAGCACUAUUGGUGAGUGAUCUUUGAUGAAUGAUAUCAAUGGGAACGUGUAUCUAUGCUCUAGGUAGUACCAGCUUAUACUUUCCAACCAUGUUGGUGGAUCUCAAGAUGGUCAACGAACGGGCUUCCAUCCUCUUGCGCACCCGCCUCACGGAAUAUCACUUCGAUUUGACCGCCGGAGCACGCCAAGGACCCUGCCAAUCCCGCGUCUCCAGGAUGUGCACAUCCACGACCGCACAUCCACCCGCAAUGUCUCCAUCGGCAGCAUCAUCACCGCAGAAAUGGCCGUCACCGACACCGCCACAUCCGACGCGCUCCCCUUCCACGAGCCGCCCAUAACGCAAAUCCUCGUGCACGUCUCCUUCCUCCUGCUCCUCAACAUCGUCAACCACCUUCUCGAUGCGCUUACCUAUUGCGGGCUGGUCGGGCAAGUGCUCCUCGGCGUAUUCUGGGGCACACCACUCGGCGGCCUCCUCCCACGCACAACCGAGAGCACCGUCGUAACACUCGGCUACCUGGGGCUGAUCCUGAUCGUGUACGAGGGCGGGCUGAACACCGCUCUGCGGCCGUUGAUGCAGAAUCUCGUGCUCUCGAGCAUCGUCGCGGCCACUGGCAUCGCGCUUCCGAUCGCACUGUCGUUUCUACUGGGACCCCUGGCGGGCGCGACGAGCUUGCAGUGCUUUGCGGCCGGCGCUGCCCUCUCCGCAACGAGUCUGGGUACCACGUUUACCAUCCUGGCCAGCGCGGGCAUGGCGGAUACGCGUUUGGGCACUGUGCUCACCAGCGCGGCUAUGAUGGAUGAUGUUAUCGGGCUGGUGAUGAUUCAGGUUGUGGCGUCGCUUGGUGGGAGUGGGGGUAAUGUCAGCGGGGAGGCGGUGGCAAGGCCGGUGGGUGCUAGUGUUGGGCUGUUGAUUGCGGUUGUGAUUGGGGGGUGGGGCCUGAAACGGACGCUGGGGACAGUCGAAGUGAAGGGGUGGGGGGAAACGCUGAAGGCGAAGGUGGUAAUGCAGACGGCGAUGCUACUCGCCGUGGUGACGGCGGCGAGUUACGCUGGUGCUUCGGUGCUUUUUGCGGCCUUUUUGGCGGGUGCUGCGGUGGGCUGGUGGGAUGAUGUCCGCACGAGAGGGAAAACGGGUGAUAGAGUCUCUGGGGUACAUGUCUUCGAGACCUAUUACUCCCCCAUCAACAGGCGGCUUUUGGCACCGUUCUUCUUCGCAUCAAUUGGCUUUUCGAUCCCAAUCCGCCAGAUGUUCGCCGCCACAACCGUCUGGAAGGGGCUGGUCUACUCCCUCCUGAUGGUGCUCGGAAAACUAGCUACAGGCGUCUGGCUCCUCCCCGUAUCGCCGGUGCUGACAACGGUAUCGCAACGGCUCCGCGAAUUGCGGAAGCUGGGCGUCACACCCGCACCUCCAAUUCCCCAUACUCCCCAAAGCACUCCCACUACUACUACCACCGAACCCAAAUCGUCGGAGGCCGCUUCCCCCGCAAUCGCCGCCGCAGAAGACGCUAAACCCCCGAAAUCCCUCUACCCAGCCUCGAUUCUUGGGCUAGCCAUGGUGGCGCGCGGAGAAGUUGCAUUCCUUAUCGCAUCCGUGGCCCAGUCCUCGGGGAUAUUUGAUUCCUCCGAGGGAUUGUAUCUCAUUGUCGUCUGGGCCGCCAUGGUGUGCACCAUUGCCGGCCCGCUGGGCGUGGGCAGUCUUGUGCGCCGGGUGAAGGCGCUGGAGAAGACGCGCGCUGAUACACGAGGCAAUGGAGGUGUCAGUGUGUUGGGUGUUUGGGGGGUUAGUUGAUGCAUGUACACAAGAGAGAGAGAACAUCAAUUUAUUGUCGCAUGCGGCCUUACGAGACUAUGGCGACCAACCGAUGUAUGUAAACGGAGAUCAUAUGCGAGGAAUAUAUAGAGUCCGAG